AUGAAUGCAUUGGCUGCGGAAAUAGCUAAAAAUAUUGUUUUGGCUGGUAUAUCAAGCCUCACUAUUAUAGAUGAUAAGCAAGUGACUGUUGAAGAUUGCGAGAGCAACUUCCUCAUACCUUAUGAUUGUGUUGGUCUAAGACGUUCUGAUGCUGUCAUUUCUCGUACUCAAGAUCUAAAUCCAAUGGUAAAAGUGCAAUCAGCUGGCAUGGAAAAUAAUCUUAUGGAGAAAAUUCAAGACCAUAAUUUGAUUAUCCUUAUUACAGAGAGUUCAAGCCACGAUUUUAAAAAAUGGUCGGAUUUUUGUAAUAUAGUUAAUUCUAUGAAUGCAAAAACAAGGCCGGAAAUAAUAUGUGCAUCUGUAACUGGAUUGUUUGGACUAGUCUUCUUAGAUCUUGGUAUACAUGAGUGUGUAUCUGAAGAUGUUGUGAUCAAGAAGAGGUCAGUACCAGCAGCUCCAUCUGGUUCAGCUGCAAAGUUAAAUAAGGCCAGUGAAGAGUCAAAUACAGAAACACUUCUUGUGAAAAAGACGUUCAACUAUUGUACGCUGUCAGAAAGUUUAUCUCUUAUUACUAACAAAAUGAAGGAGAGUAAAUCAGAUGUGAAAUUCAUUCCUAAAGGAUUUCUCCUUAUGCAAGUUUUAAGUCAGUGCUGCAUUGAUCAAGCGCCAUUCACUCUACCAUAUUUACAGUCCCAGUGGCAGAAAGUGUCACAACAGUUGGGCGUAGAAGAAACACUUCUUUCUACUGAAGAUUUAGAAUGCUGUUCUGGUCCAUUGUUUCCAGCUGUUAAUCCAGUACUUGGUGGUAUAGUAUCUCAGGAAGUAAUCAGGGUUGUAACACGGAAAGGUGCACCGCACGGUAAUUGGUACUUUUUCAACGGAUCAGAGUGUUCUGUCAUAGUAGACUGGUUGCCACAAAAUGAAGCAAAACUAUAA